AUGGAGCCAAGUGCCCAACGGGCUAGUUCAACAAGGCAGGUAACUUACGCAACUCGGCUUCGGAGAACGGCCAAAGAAGCCCCUUCGUGGCUACCGCAGAACGAAAAAGAAAGCAGAUCGUUCACCACCAGCGACCAGAAUGGAGAGCAAAUGGGAAAGGAGCGAGCUGUCUCUUCAAACACGCCGACACAACCUCGCCUUGCUAUUCCACAGCUGCAGCUCACACCACGUCGGGCGGAAAUUCCCAGGAGCGCCUCUCCUAUAUUUCUUGUGAAUGGACGGAAAUACGAGUCUGGGUGGCUGGCCCGGGACAAAGACAGCUUCCUUGCCGAGUGGACGGGGCUGGCAGAGAGAAGAAUGAUGUCUAUCAAUCAGUCUGGAUUAACCCCUCUUCUUGGGGGAAGUGAAGCUCUUAAUCCAGAAGCCAUGCAGAGCCCAGUGACCUUUGAAGAUGUGGCUGUGCAUUUCACAGCUAGGCAAGCGGCUCUGCUGGAUCCGAGCCAAAGAGCCUUGUAUAGGGAUGUUAUGGUGGAAAAUUAUGAGAACGUGGUUUCAUUGGCAGGAUUUCUGGCUCCAAAGCCGGAGCUCAUUGCCCAGUUGGAAAAUGGAGAGGAGCCGUGGAUGCCAGAUUCGGAAGAAUCAGAAGAAACAAAAGUUGCCCACACCUGCUCAGAAGGAUUUCUUGUCUCAGAGCCUAAAGAUAUUGUCCAGCUGGAACCGGAAGCUCUGCAUGUGCCAGUUUGUCAGGAAGAAACAAAAAUUAUGGGCACCAGCACAGGAAAUGAGCUUGAAAGGAAAAACAUGUGCCACGUGUGGAGGAAAUGUUUUACUCAGAAACUGAAUCUUGCCAGACACCGUCGAGUCCACCUGGGACAUAAACUGUAUACGUGCUUGAAGUGUGGGAAACGGUUUGUUCACCAGUCACAGCUUUUGAGCCACCACCAGAGCCACACAGGAGAGAAGCCCUAUAAACGUUUGGAAUGUGGGAAGCAAUUUGCUCAACAGCCUCACCUGAUGAUCCAUCAGAAAACCCACAAUGUAGAGAAACCCUAUAAAUGUGUGGUGUGUCGAAAAUCUUUUUCUGACCACUCAGAGUUUGUGAAACACCAGACUGUCCAUAGGAGAAGGAUACCUUAUCAAUGCUUGAAAUGCAGUAAAUGUUUUGACCGCCCAUCAAACCUCAGGAAACACCAGAGGGCCCACACUGGAGAAAAACCUUACAGAUGCUCCGAGUGUGGAAAAUGCUUUUCUCAACAAGUUCACCUAAAGAGGCAUCAAAGAGUUCACACUGGAGAGAAACCCUACAAAUGCAUGGAGUGCGGAAAAUGUUUUGCAUACAGCUCAACAUUCUGGGCACAUAAGAGAAUCCACACUGGAGAGAAACCCUAUCAAUGUCUGGAGUGUGGGAAAUGUUUUGCUCACCGCUCAGAUUUAGUGAAACACCAGAGUAUCCAUGGGGGAGAGAAACCCUACCAGUGCUUGAAAUGUAGUAAAUGUUUUGCCCGCCCGUCAUACCUCAGGAAACACAAGAGGGUCCACACUGGAGAAAAACCUCAUAAAUGCUCCGAGUGUGGAAAUUGUUUUUCUCAACAAGUUCACCUAAGAAGCCAUCAGAGAAUUCACACUGGAGAGAAACCCUACAAAUGCAUGGAAUGUGGAAAAUGUUUUUCAACCAGCUCAGGUGUCUUGAUACAUAAGAGAAUCCACACUGGAGAGAAACCCUAUAAAUGUUUAGAGUGUGGGAAGUGCUUUGUUCACCAAUCCCCUCUUACAAAACAUCGGAGAAUUCACACAGGAGAAAAAAACUGUAAAUGCACAGUGUGUGGGAAAUGUUUUGCUGACAACUCUUACCUUGCGCUUCAUGGAAGAGUUCACACAGGAGAGAAACCUUAUGAAUGCUCAGAGUGUGGGAAACGUUUUGGCCAGCAGUCGACGUUAGUGUCACACCAAAGGAUUCACACAGGGGAGAAACCAUAUGAAUGUUCACAGUGUGGCAAAUGUUUUACACGACAAGACACCUUAGUGCUACACCAGAGGGUGCACACAGGAGAAAAGCCCUAUGAGUGCAUCAAGUGUGGGAAAUAUUUUUCUUAUCAUACAGGCUUUUUGAAACACCAGAGGUCCCACACAGGAGAGAAACCAUAUGAGUGCUUGCAGUGUGGGAAAUGUUUUGCUCACCAGCCAGAUCUUCAGCGACACAAGAGAAUCCACACUGGGGAGAAACCUUAUAAAUGCUCAGAAUGUGGAAGAUGUUUUGCUGACCGUUCAGCAUAUGUGAAGCAUCGGACAGUUCACACUGGAGAUAAACCUUAUCAAUGCUUGGAGUGUGGGAGGCGUUUUGCCCGCCAGUCCAGUUUUUCAACACACAAAAGAGUCCACACAGGAGAAAAACCCUAUAAAUGCCUGGAAUGUGGGAAGUGUUUUGCUCAACACUCAACUCUAGCAACUCAUAGGAGAGUGCACACAGGAGAAAAACCUUUCCAGUGUCUUGAUUGUGGGAAACGUUUUUCUCAACGACCCCAUCUUGCGAUUCACCAGACAACCCACACACGAGAGAAACAGUGUGAAUGUUCAGAGUGUGGGAAACGUUUUGCUCAUAAAUCACUCCUUGUUAGCCAUCAAAGAGUCCACACUGGAGAGAAGCCUUACAAAUGCUUGGAAUGUGGGAAGUGUUUUGGGCAUAGGCCAAACCUUAUGAUUCACCGUCGAGUUCACACAGGAGAGAAACCUUAUGAAUGUCCAGAGUGUGGAAAGUGUUUUUCUCGGCGCACGUCUCUUGUGUCUCACCAGAAGGUCCAUGUGAAAGGCAAACGAAAGCGAAGAUCCCGUUCAGAGUGCAGAACUAUGUCGUUCUGUCAGUCUGGAUUGCCCCCUCUUCUCACAGAAAGUGAAGCCCUUAGAUCAAAGGCCAUGCAGAGCCCAGUGACCUUUGAAGAUGUGGCUGUGCAUUUCACAGCUGCGCAAGCAGCUCUGCUGGAUCCGAGCCAGAAAGCCUUGUAUAGGGAUGUUAUGGUGGAAAAUUAUGAGAACGUGGUUUCAUUGGGAUUUCUGGCUUCCAAGCCGGAGCUCAUUGCCCAGUUGGAAAAUGGAGAGGAGCCGUGGAUGCCAGAUUCAGAAGACUCAGAAGAAACAAAAGUUGCCCACACCUGCUCAGGAUUUCUUGUCCCAGAGCCUGAAGAUAUUGUCCAGCUGGAACCAGAAGCCCCGUGCAUGCCAGUUUGUCAGGAAGAAACAAAAAUUACGGGCAUCAGCACAGGAAAUGAGCUUGAAAGGAAGAACAUGUGCCACGUGUGGAGGAAAUGUUUUACUCAGAAACUGAAUCUUGCCAGACACCGUCGAGUCCACCUGGGACAUAAACUGUAUACGUGCUUGAAGUGUGGGAAACGGUUUGUUCACCAGUCACAGCUUUUGAGCCACCACCAGAGCCACACAGGAGAGAAGCCCUAUAAACGUUUGGAAUGUGGGAAGCAAUUUGCUCAACAGCCUCACCUGAUGAUCCAUCAGAAAACCCACACUGUAGAGAAACCCUAUAAAUGUGUGGUGUGCCGAAAAUCUUUUUCUGACCACUCAGAGUUUGUGAAACACCAGACUGUCCAUAGGAGAAGGAUACCUUAUCAAUGCUUGAAAUGCAGUAAAUCUUUUGACCGCCCAUCAAACCUCAGGAAACACCAGAGGGCCCACACUGGAGAAAAACCUUACAGAUGCUCCGUGUGUGGAAAAUGCUUUUCUCAACAAGUUCACCUAAAGAGGCAUCAAAGAGUUCACACUGGAGAGAAACCCUACAAAUGCAUGGAGUGCGGAAAAUGUUUUGCAUACAGCUCAACAUUCUGGGCACAUAAGAGAAUCCACACUGGAGAGAAACCCUAUCAAUGUCUGGAGUGUGGGAAAUGUUUUGCUCACCGCUCAGAUUUAGUGAAACACCAGAGUAUCCAUGGGGGAGAGAAACCCUACCAGUGCUUGAAAUGCAGUAAAUGUUUUGCCCGACCAUCUUACCUCAGGAAACACAAGAGGGUCCACACUGGAGAAAAACCUCAUAAAUGCUCUGAGUGUGGAAAAUGUUUUUCUCAACAAGUUCACCUAAGAAGCCAUCAGAGAAUUCACACUGGAGAGAAACCCUACAAAUGCAUGGAAUGUGGAAAAUGUUUUUCAACCAGCUCAGGUGUCUUGGUGCAUAAGAGAAUCCACACUGGAGAGAAACCUUUUAAAUGUUUAGAGUGUGGGAAGUGCUUUGUUCACCAAUCCCCUCUUGCAAAACAUCGGAGAAUUCACACAGGAGAAAAAAACUGUAAAUGCACAGUGUGUGGGAAAUGUUUUGCUGACAACUCUUACCUUGCGCUUCAUGGAAGAGUUCACACAGGAGAGAAACCUUAUGAAUGCUCAGAGUGUGGGAAACGUUUUGUCCAGCAGUCAACCUUAGUGACUCAUCAGAGGAUCCACACAGGAGAAAAACCAUAUGAAUGUUCACAGUGUGGCAAAUGUUUCACACAACAAGCCAACCUAAUGAUACACCAGAGGGUACACACAGGAGAAAAGCCCUAUGAGUGCAUCAAGUGUGGGAAAUAUUUUUCUUAUCAUACAAGCUUUGUGAAACACCAGAGAUCACACACAGGAGAGAAACCAUAUGAGUGCUUGCAAUGUGGGAAAUGUUUUGCUCACCAGUCAGACCUUCGGCAACACAAGAGAAUCCACACUGGGGAGAAACCUUAUAAAUGCUCAGAAUGUGGAAGAUGUUUUGCUGACCGUUCAGCAUAUGUGAAACAUCGGACAGUUCACACUGGAGAUAAACCUUAUCAAUGCUUGGAGUGUGGGAGGCGUUUUGCCCGCCAGUCCAGUUUUUCAACACACAAAAGAGUCCACACAGGAGAAAAACCCUAUAAAUGCCUGGAAUGUGGGAAGUGCUUUGCUCAACACUCAACUCUAGCAACUCAUAGGAGAGUGCACACAGGAGAAAAACCUUUCCAGUGUCUUGAUUGUGGGAAACGUUUUUCUCAACGACCCCAUCUUGCGAUUCACCAGACAACCCACACACGAGAGAAACAGUGUAAAUGUUCAGAGUGUGGGAAACGUUUUGCUCAUAAAUCACUCCUUGUUAGCCAUCAAAGAGUCCACACUGGAGAGAAGCCUUACAAAUGCUUGGAAUGUGGGAAGUGUUUUGGGCAUAGGCCAAACCUUAUGAUUCACCGUCGAGUUCACACAGGAGAGAAACCUUAUGAAUGUCCAGAAUGUGGAAAGUGUUUUUCUCGGCGCACGUCUCUUGUGUCUCACCAGAAGGUCCAUGUGAAAGGCAAACGAAAGCGAAGAUCCCGUUCAGGUGUUACUGAAGACGUCUUUGGGCCUCCAUAG